GACUCAUUUCCUUUCUUGGGUCACAGGAGAACACCAAUGGCGUCGACCACGGCCUUCAAGGACAGAAAUCUCAUCGCUGUCAUAGGAGAUGAGGACUCGAUAACGGGACUGCUUCUUGCAGGCGUCGGCCACAUCAACGAGCACCAGAGGAAGAACUUCCUCGUCGUAGAUUCUAAAACACAAAUAUCGGGGAUCGAAGCUGCGUUCCAGGAGUUCACCCAACGGAAGGAUAUUGCAAUUGUCCUCAUCAACCAGCAUAUAGCAGAGAAGAUACGACCGACAGUGGACCGCUACCAAGAAGCAUUUCCUACGUUGCUCGAGAUACCCUCCAAGGAUCAUCCAUACGACCCUUCGAAAGAUUCGGUAUUGAAGCGCGUUCAGAAGCUUUUCGGCGAGUAGAGAGCGUAUACCUUGCUACACUACUCGCGUCGCUAGGGUUGAAUGUCCAUGUGUACCAUAUAAUACAAAUGUACAUGGCAAGCAGAGUCUACUAUGCC